AUGGCUGCGCCGAGUAGUUCUACUCUGCCUGUCGAAAUCUGGCUUCAAAUAUUUUCUCUUGCGACUCUCGUCCCCGGAGCGUUGGACACCAAGGACCAAAAUGCCAUCACUGCCUUUACGAAAGAUAACUAUGGAAUCCUUGCUCAAGCCCACUACCGACGUACCAUCGACACCAAACACGCCAUCAGUCUGGUUUGUCGGAGCUGGCACGCGUUGAUUUUCCGAAACCUUCUCGAAUACGUCGUAAUUGGUAGUGGACGACAGGUUCUACGCGUUGCCGAGCUUCUGGACGCGAAACCGGCCUACGGACAUAGGACAGCUCGGCUGGAAAUCGCUUUAGAAGGCAUACACAUCUGGGAUCGCGAGCAUUCAUUAGCCAUUACCUCAAUCAUUCGAGCCUGCCCAAACAUUUCCGUGUUCUCGACCAUUUUCUCAACCACGGACGCAUAUUUCCUCUUUUCUUCUGGAAUAUUAUCAGCUUUGGCCACCACUAUAUAUCGCGAAAGGCCCAUCCGUCGGUUGGAGCUGAGGGCGGAUAUACCCAUCAUCGCAGCCCUCCUUUGCGUCCUCUCGCCUUCUCUGGAAGUUCUCUGGGUGCAGCCGUCUCGCCGGGUCUCCACUUGCCUUGUCCCGUACAACAUAGAACUGCCGAAGCUCCACACAUGCAUUUCAUCCUUCCCCGAGAGCAACAUCUUCCGCACCGCAUAUAUGCCCUCUGUCAACACCUUUCUUACUCAAGACGAACUGGCAAGAGACGACGUUCUGCGCCGCUGCGGUGAAACGGUCAAGCAUAUUUCCGCCCAAAGCCUUAAAACAUCCGCCGUGUCACUGGCACUUUGUCCGAAAUUAGAGAUGCUCUCAGUGAGCUGCGCUGACCGCGUGCUAUCCAUCCUGCCACCUUUGGGUCUCAUUCAUCCAAACGUUUCUACCUUAACGCUGGAACAUCCGGAUUUCUUUCGGCAACUUUGCUAUCAUCGCGAGGACCUAUCUUUGUUCCCAUUGGCGCAUCUCGAAAGGACCCUCCGUACGCUUACGUCGGGAGAAGUGUUUCCGUCUUUGCGGCGUCUUCGUUUCGUUCUGCCUUCACUGUUGACAAGCACCCGCCUGAACUACGGUCGCGCAUCCAAGGCUACGGUUUCGGUCUGGGAGGAGUGGAUGGAUUCUUGCAGAGAUAGAGGUAUCCGUGUCGAAAUCGCGGAAGGCUCAGACGGCAUGUUUCACAAUACAUGGUCCCCAUUAACCAAAAACAUUCUGAUCGUUCACCUACAUGCCCAGUCAUUCGUAGUAUAA